UUUAAGCUUUGGACUCCCCCUUUUGUACCUGAGAAUCAUGAUGAUGUCUACACUGACUCUGUCCUGUGCCUGAUGUACAGCAGCACCCUGAUUCCAGAGUCUGAGCUGCCCCCUGUGUUUGUCAGAAGGGCGUGGAAGCGGCAGAGAUCAGAGCCGUCCUCCCCAGGGGAGAGAAAGAAGCGUUGCCACGGGAGGACGGUUGUUCCUCCACCUUCGCUGUUUGACCGAGUGACUCCAAGAAUAAUGAAAACACGGCAGAAGAGCCAAGCUCAGAAGGCCCUGCCCGGGGUACCACAGAAAACGUAUUUUGCAAGGCCUUUGUCAGCUCUCCCCAGCUCAGCUGCAGACACUGGGCAGGAUGGCCCUGCGUGGCUGAUUGCUGAAGACAUGGCACUGCUAAAAGCCAUGGAACAGUCACGGACAGCUCCUCUAAAGCUGGCUGUUGUGUCACCAGCACGGGCAGCAAACUGGGACUUUGUCAGCGACGUGGUUAACUCCUCCAACCACAUCUAUCGCUCCCCAAGGCAAUGCCGGAGUCGUUACGUAAGAGCCUUGGCAGGUCCAGAGGGAAAGGUGAGUUUAAAUUGA